UCUUUAAGAGCCACUUGUUUAUUUGUCCAAUUUUCUUUACUAUAUUACUGUGAAACUUAAAUUUUUUGUUUAGUAUUUGCGUCAGUGUGACCUUGCUGUGAUAAGGAACAAAAUGUUCUGUGUGGGUACGCCGGUAACGAAUGGCCGUUCUAUGGGCUUUUAUCUCUUGCAAUUAGCUUCUACCCAUGUUGGACUGCGUCAAUAUAUGUCUAGUAAAGAAAACUGUUUGCUCGGUUCUAGACAAUUCGUUUAUAAUAAAACGGUAUAGUUUUUGUUACCAUUAUCAUUGUCGCUGCUCUCUUUUCAGUGUGACCUGGCUGUGCUCGCAGAUGUCCACUAGUCAGGAGGCACUUCGUCAAUAUGUAGCCAAGAGUAGAGCACAACUGCGGCAGAUAUUGCAACGUCUCAAUUGGACAGAGCAAGGCGUGCAGCAGUUGCAUCGCCCGCUGUCUCAGCAGGAAUACGUCGGCGCUGAGCAGCUGCCACCAAGCUGCUGUACUGCGGCAAAGCACAGUGUAAAGCUAAAUGCCGCACAGUUGCAGCAACUGCUGCCGGGCAAGCAUGUUGUUCCCAUUGAUUCUUUCGAAGAUCUGCAAUUGAACUAUAGCGCAGAACAGAAGCUUAUCCUCUAUGAGCAUGUGCUCAGCUGCACACCACGACAACAGCUCAGCUUCGAGCAGCAGGCGAAUUUUGCUGAACUUGUGGCAGAGACAAAGAGAGCACAUCAGAAAGCGAGAAGGCAUCGCAAGAGCAAGAUGACAUUACUGGAGGAGAUGCAGCAGCUCGUGCACCUCCAAAUGCAGGCAUUAACGCAACAGAUACGGCAGCAGCAGCAGAAGCAAGAACAGCAGCAGCAGCGUUUUGUUGGUGGAGAACGCAGGGAACGGAAGCUGGGGCGAUGGGAUGACAGACGAAGGAGCAGGAGCAGGAGUAAAGGGACUCACAGAAGUAGCAGGAGUCGCAGUCAUCUGAGGACUAGUCACAAUUCCAGUAAAAACAGAAGUACUCAAAGGAGCACUGGAAAUUCGAACGCCGGUAGAGGCAGUGACCGAAGCCAAAGGAACAGUCGAAGUCCGAACAGAAAUCGUAGGGAAAGUCGAAGUCCGAACAGAAAACGCACAGAGAAAUUUGGGAGCACCACGCACACAGGAGGAGCCGUAGCCGUAGUCAUCUGA